CCUGUGUCAUGGCGUCAAAGUGCACCCUGUGAUUGCGUUGGUGGGAGAGUCCAGCGGAUGAGAUCAUCUUCUCCCAUAAUUUCUACUGGCUGUAAGCCGUUAUUAAAAGGAUCCUGGGAGAGCAUCAAGCCAUCCAAUGGAGACAGUGACCUUUGAGGAUGUAGCUGUGAACUUCACUGCAGCAGAGUGGGCUUUGCUGAAUCCAUCCCAAAAAAAGCUCUAUAGAGAUGUGAUGUGGGAAACACUUAUGAAUGUGACUGCUGUAGGAAGAACCAGGGAUAACCAGCAAAUUGUAGAAGAAUACAAAAACUGCUUGAGAAAUCUAAGAAGUGAUGCAGACAGAUAUUUGAGAUUUGCAGAGAAGCUAUAUCAAUGUAAUGAACAUGGACAAACCUGCAGUAAAUUCCAGUACUUUCAGAUGCAUAAGAUGAGAAAGACUGGAGAGAAACUCGAUCAAUAUGGGCAGUGUGGGGAGGCCAACUCUGAUCUUAGUGAAAUAACUCACCCUGGUAAGAAAACUUUAGUAGGUAAGAAAAGUGUGAAAGGCUCCAGUACACCAAGUGGUGUUCAAAUCCGUGAAAGAAAUCACAGUGUGAGGAAUCCAUAUGUAUGUAAACAGUGUGGGAAAACUUUUAUUUCUUCGUACCAUAUUCGAGUCCAUGAAAGAAGGCAUGCUGGAGAGAUACCCUCUGUAACUAAAGCAUGUGUGAAAGGAUUAGCUCGUAGUAAUUCCUUUCACAAACAGAAAAUAAUUCACACUGGGGAGAAACCCUACAUAUGUAAGCAAUGUGGGAAAUCUUUCAGUAAAAAGAGUAGGUUUCAAAUACAUGAAAGAACUCACACUGGGGAGAAACCCUAUGUAUGUAAGCAAUGUGGAAAGAGAUUUGCCAAUGUCUCCAUACUCUGUGCCCAUAGAAGAACCCACAGUGGGGAGAAACCAUAUGUGUGUAAGCAAUGUGGGAAAGCAUUCAGCAGAAAAAGUAACUGUUACAGUCAUGAAAGAACACACACUGGGGAGAAACACUAUGUAUGUAAGCAGUGUGGAAAGGCAUUCACCAGACAUAGUCACUGUCAAAGUCAUGAAAGAACACACACUGGGGAGAAACCAUAUGUGUGUCAGCAGUGUGGGAAAGCUUUCACUAGACAAUAUAGUUGUCAGAUACAUGAAAGAAGUCACACUGGGGAGAAACCUUACGUGUGCAAGCAAUGUGGGAAAGCAUUCAGUACAAGCACUGACUAUAAAUAUCAUGAAAGAACACACACUGGGUUGAAACCCUAUGUGUGUAAGCAAUGUGGAAAGGCAUUCAGCAGACACAGAAACUGUCAAAAUCAUGAAAGAACUCACACUGGGAAGAAACCCUACGUAUGUAAGCAGUGUGGGAAGGCAUUCACUACAUACCAUUACUGUCAAACACAUGAAAGAAACCACAGUGGAGAGAAACCUCAUGUGUGUAAGAAAUGUGGGAAAUCAUUCAAUACCAAGAGUUCUCGUGAAAUACAUGAUAGAACUCACACUGGAGUAAAACCUUAUCCUUGCAAGCAAUGUGGGAAAGCAUUCAGAACACAGAGCCAGUAUAAAGUGCAUGAAAGAACUCACACUGGGGAGAAACCCUAUGCAUGUAAGCAGUGUGGGAAAGCCUUCGGUAGACAGUAUCAUUGUCAAAAACAUGAGAAAAUUCACACUGGGAAGAAACCUUAUGUGGGCAAGGAAUGUGGGAAAGCAUUUAAUACAAAAAGGUGUUAUAAAACAUGAUAGAACUCACACUUGGGGAAAACCCUAUUUAUGUUAGCAACAUGGGAAAUGUUUGAGCCAGCAGAGUAAUUGUCACAUCCAUGAAGAAAUUCACAGUUGGAAAUAACCCUAUGAGCAACAUGGGAAAUCAUUCAGUAUACAAAAAUGCAGUCAAAUUCAGGAAUUAUUACAUUCUAGGGAGAAAUAUGUAUGUAUGCAGUGUGGAAAAAGAUUUGCUGUAGGUUCUCAUUUUAUAAAUAAGGGAACACACACCGUGGAAGAACUCUGUGUAAAAAAAUUGGAAAAAAUUCAGCUGACAGAGACUGUGACCCUUAGAACUAUGUCACACAGCCGUCAAAACAUAAAGUAAGCAAUGUGCAAAACACUUGGUAUACAUGGGUAUUUUGAAAUAUGUGAAAAUAUCCACAGGGAAGAGAAACCUUACAUAUGAAAGACUAUUUAGAGGGGCUGGGGAUUUAACUCAGUGGCACAGCGCCUGCCUGGCAAGCACGAGGUCGUGAGUUCAAUUCCUGGUACCGGAAAAAAACAAAAACAAACAAAAAAAGAAAAACUAUUUAGAAAACCCUUUUGAAAGCAUGCCUGUAAAGGAGACUAUAGAAAAA